UCUUUACCUGAUUUCCGUAAUUCUUGUCUGGAAUGUUGUUCCUUUUCAUUUUUCAGGCCUGUUGAAAGCAUUGGCUUAAGUGAGCAACCAAAUCUGACAAGUACUCAAACUAUCUAUGUUUCGUCCAACAGUUUUGAAAGUAACGAGGCUUGGGGCUUAAGGUGUUUCCAUUAUAUGGACUAUGAUUAUAUUUCCGCUGCCUUUAAUUUUUCAUCCAUUUAUCUAAAUUGCCAUGACAGACAAAGCUGAGCUCCAAACUUUUAUUCUAUUUCACUGUUAAGGGACAUGCAGCAACCAUUUUUCUCAUCCUUAGGAUUGAAUAAUGUGUCACCAAUAGUCCCUGCCUUUUAGCCACAGGACGUGACCUUAUCCCUUUUGGAAGGCUAGAGGUAUAGGUGACAAGUGAUGUACAUGAUUUUCUCCUAUCUAUAACUCAAAAAGUGUGUUUGUUGUCCUACAUGCUACUGAAACUCUUGUGAGGUUAUUCUGUUUUUGAGAUAUUGCAUUGUUCAGCAUUUACGUUUUCCAUGGUGAUGUGAAUUGUGAAAUACAUCAUUACUUCUAGUCUAUAGUCAUUUGGUAGUCACCACAUUCUUUGUCAAUAUGUGAAUUGGCAAUAAAAUAUCAAAUUCGGAUAUAUCCUCAACUAUCAAGAAUGCUGAUGCACUGUCAGUUAUCACGGUAGCUCUUACAGAUGGGGCAAGUUGUAAGGGUAUGUUCUCAUAAAUAUGCAACUUCUGCUCUAAUUUUCCAUUGAGUUGUGAUAAUCUAUGCUGGGCACUCUUUCUCCUAAUCUAGUUGAUGAAGCUGUUUCCUGUGUCAAUUAUGGAUAAUGAGUUUGUGCAUGAAGAGAUGAUUGAAGUGCUCCUAUAUAUUCAUCUAGGGGUGAACAAUGAAUUGAAUAACUCGAACGCGACUCUUGAGUUGACUUUCUCAACAAAUGCUUCGAGCUCGAGUUUAUGGAAUGGCUCGUUUAAUAUAACCAAGUCGAACUCAACUCAACUCGUAAAAAGCUCGUCUUCCCGCCUUAACCUUAUUCAACUUUUUCUUUUCACAUUUCCCGAGUCACCUAUUGCAGGCCAGCAAUCUCUUUUCAGCUUCCUCUACUUCCCUCUCUCUUUCUUGACAUACAACAUAAGCCAAUGUUGCCUUUUCUUUAUUAUUAAAAGCUCGUACUUUUAGGAAAUGUUUUUUCUCCUUCCACCCAUAAUUAACUUUUGCAAAGGAAAAUAUUUUAAAGAGGUGGCUACUGGCUAUUUUCUGCCACUUGAGCCAAGUUUACCUUUCUUUGUUACUAAAAGCUCAUUUUUUAAGUCCUUUUUCCUCCCAUCUCUUACUUAACUUUUACAAAGGAAAAUAUUUUAAAGAGGUGGCUAUUCUCCUCCCACUCGUACAAAUCCGAUCCCAUCAUGUCAUCUUGUGAUGGGUUACUUUGAACAACAUUUAUUAGUGGGGAAGUUCCUAUAAAUAAUGUUGAAUUAGAAGAGUUUAUGUUUCUAGGUGGCUCUUCGUAAUAUUAAAGAGUUAUAAGACCUCUUUAAUAUUUUCUUUAUUUGUCAUUGAUGUAAUCUGUAAAUCCCUUUUCCACCCUAAUCUCUUUUAUAAGGGAGAUUAGGGUUAAUGAAUAGGGGACUUUUCUCUCUCGAAGACUCACAGCUGCAACGUGGUAUCUCUUGCGGCAACAGUCAAGCAGCAAAAAGCAAAGAUUCCGUCGAUAGGAGACUGAAAACAGCAGCAGGAAGCAGAGAUUCUGUCAAUAGGAGACUGAAAACAGCAGCAAUUUCAGUUUUCUGUCUCCUAAAUGGCAGAAAGCAGAAACUAGCAGGUGUAAUCGCAGAAACUAGCAGUUCUGGAUUAGUUUCUGCUGUCGUGAGGCUUAUGUUAGUAGGUGGACAACAUUGUUACAGCAUUCUUCUGUCGUGGGUCUGCUGUGGAGGACUUGCAAACUGGGAAGACGAUUGGUGGAGGCUAUGAGAAAGGGGACAUCUACUUCCUGUCGGAUCCAGUGGGUAUUGCAGCAUCAUCGAUCACCUCGUUGUCCUCCUCCUUCCAGUGGCA